GUUGGUGCUUGAAAGUAAAGCUUGCAUCCAAGCCUGGUCCCUCUUCACAUGCUCCUAUAAGCCAGUAGCCAUGAAGUGCCCAAUGAAGACGUGUGCCUUGCUGUCAGCCUGCCUGGCCCUUCUUUUCAACCCGCUCCAUGGAUUUAACUUAGCGGUGGACGAGCCCGCGGUGUACACGGGUCCCGAGGGCAGCUUGUUCGGCUUCUCGGUGGAUUUUUACCUCCCGGAUGAGCAGAGCGUUAGUGUUCUGGUUGGGGCUCCCAAAGCAAACUCGAGUCAGCCAGAUGUGGUGGAAGGAGGAGCAGUGUAUUAUUGUCCCUGGCAGAGAAAUGACAGUGAUUGCACUCUAAUACCAUUUGAUACAAAAGGCAACCGCUUUUAUGACUUCCAGUUCAAAGAUUUGAAUAGCACUUUAGAACAGGUGGAAUAUAAAUCUGGGCAAUGGUUUGGAGCAACCGUUCGAUCGCAUGGCAACUCCAUACUGGCCUGUGCCCCAAGAUACAGCUGGAGGACAAUAAAAGAGGAAAUACACCGUGAUGUGGUAGGCACCUGCUACUUGUCAUCGAACAACUUCACCAAUAUUGUGGAAUACUCACCUUGUCGCUCAGAUACAUAUGGCGAUGCCGGUCAGGGGUUCUGCCAAGGUGGCUUCUCUGCUGAAUUUACAAAGAGUGGAAGAGUAUUACUGGGAGGACCUGGCAGUUAUUUUUGGCAAGGUCAGGUGAUUACAGCAACUGAAGAUGAAAUCAGGAAAUCUUUUUACCCAGAAUACUUUAUCUUGGAGAUUAAAGGACAAAUGCACACCCGCCAAGCACAUGGCUCUUAUGAUGACAGUUACUUAGGAUAUUCUGUUGCAGUUGGUGAGUUCAGUGGAGAUGGCACCGAGGAUUUUGUGGCCGGAGUCCCAAAAGGAAAUAUGACUUUUGGAUAUGUAACUAUUCUAAAUGGCACCAAUCUGAAAUCCUUGUACAACUUCUCAGGAGAGCAAAUGGCUUCAUACUUUGGUUAUGCUGUGGCAGCCACUGACCUCAACAAUGAUGGAUUGGAUGACCUGAUAAUAGGUGCUCCUCUGUUUAUGGAGAGAACCCAUGAUGGCAGAAUUCAGGAGGUGGGACGUGUCUAUAUCUACCUGCAAGAUUACAAUAUGUCCAGUACUCCAUCCAUGGUCCUAACUGGACAGCACGAAUAUGGCCGCUUUGGUAGUUCUAUUGCUUUUUUGGGAGAUUUGGAUCAAGAUGGAUUUAAUGAUAUCGCCAUUGGUGCUCCAUUUGAUGGUAAAGACAGCAGGGGAGCAGUUUUUAUCUUCAAUGGCAAUGCUGCUGGCCUGAACCCUAAACCUUCCCAGGUGCUGGAAGGGAUGUGGGGCAGUUCACCGGAACCUGCGUUCUUCGGUUUUUCCACCAGAGGAGGAAAAGACCUUGAUGGCAAUGGGUAUCCAGACCUUAUUGUGGGUGCAUUUGGUGUUGACAAAGCUUUAGUGUACCGUGGGCGUCCAAUUGUUCAUGCCAGCGCCUCUCUGUCCAUCUCUUCAACUAUGAUAAACCCUGAGGAGAAGACAUGCAUGACUGUGGUUGAUAACAAAAAUAUGCCAGUAUCGUGUGUAAACCUCAGUUUCUGCCUGAAUGCUUCAGGAAAACAUGUGCCUAAUACGAUUGGGAUUAAUGUAGAGCUGCAGCUGGACUCUAUGAAGCAGAGAGGGGCUGUAAGGAGAGCACUGUUCCUAAAAUCCAACCUUCCCCACCUUACUCAGAAUAUACUUUUACGCAAUGGAGGCCAGGAGCAAUGCAGUGAGAUGAAGAUCUACCUUAAGAAUGAAUCAGAGUUUCGGGACAAGCUCUCUCCAAUCUUUGUCUCUCUAAACUUCUCCCUGGAUUCUCAGGCACCUCCUGAUGCACAUGGGUUAUUGCCAAUCUUCAAUUACAAAACUAAGAACCAUAUUGAACAGAAGGUCCAGAUUCAGCUGGAUUGUGAUAAUAACAUCUGUGUUCCAGACUUGAAGCUUAAUGUCUCCAGUGACCGGAAAUCGGUGUAUCUAGGAGAUGUGAACUCUCUGACCUUAAUGUUUAAUGCAAUAAAUGAUGGAGAAGGGGGAGCAUAUGAGGCCGAGCUCUAUGUCGUCAUACCUGCAGAGGCAGAGUACAGCGGUGUUUUCCGUAAUGAAAAACUUCCACCUUUGUCCUGUCGCUAUGAAGUUCAGAAUGAGACCCGCUUAGUAAUUUGUGACCUUGGAAACCCCAUGAAAUCUAUGACCAGUCAACCCACAUAUAUAUGUUUGUACCACUUGUAUUUGCGGGACUCAAGUCGGAAGGUGCACUUUGAGAGUCAGAUUCGCAGCAAAAAUGCAAAUAACUCGCAAAGUGAUCUUGUACAAUUGGCAAUCAACAUAGAAGCCUAUACAUCGGUGUCGUUUUUUGGGGUUUCAAAGCCAGACAGUGUUAUCUUCCCUCUUGCAAACUGGAAACCGAAUAGAAAUCCCACUCAAGUGGAAGAAGCAGGCCCAGAGGUCAAUCAUGUUUAUGAGUUAGCCAACCUUGGACCAAGCUCCAUCAGCCAUGGUACCUUAACUCUCAUCUGUCCAAGGAUUCACAAUCGCAAAGAGCUUGUAAUGUAUGUCAUGAACUACUCUGUGGAAGGACUGGGGAACUGUACAGCUAAACCAUCUGUUAACCCACUUCAGCUACAGUAUCCAACUGGACAAAGUUCUGCAAAGCCUGGACAUCAUGUGGAGCGCAGAGACACCGCCAAGGUCACUGCUAGUGGAUCACAUGUCUUGAAAUGUCAUCAUCAUGACGACUGCUUUAACCUUAGCUGUGAUGUCUUGCCACUAGAGAAACAGCAGCGGGCUAUUCUUAAAAUCCAUUUCAGAGUCUGGGGUGACACCUUCAUGCAGAAAGAAAACCAGGGUUUUACGCUGCAGUGCGAAGUAAAAUACCGAAUUGAACGGCUUCCAUACAAAAUCCAACCUGCAACAUAUCCCCAGGGCACACAUCAGGUCAACACAACUAUUCAUUGGCUAAAGCCAGAGAGCAGUUACGGGGUUCCACUGUGGAUAAUAAUACUGGCCAUUUUAAUUGGUCUGUUGCUGCUUGCGUUACUCAUAUAUGUUCUCUAUAAGCUUGGCUUCUUUAAACGCUCUCUGCCAUAUGGAACUGCUAUGGAAAAAGCUGAACUCAAGCCUCAGGCUGCCUCUGAGGCCUAGACUGAACGUACAGCCUCAUCCCAUGCACUGCCAAAGAAUCUUCUAAAAGGGAAGGUGAAACAACAGUUGCAGCUCAUUUUUGAAGUUGACACUACAAUGACUGGGAGGGAGAGGGACAAAGAGGCACGUAAUUAAAACAAAAAAUUUCCUGUGAGUGUUAUGAAGAGCCUUGUUACAUUGAGGACAUUAUGACUGAAUCACUGAGGCUUCUACUGAAGGCGAACUAUGCGAGGUCAAUAAAUGACCUUUAUUUUGAAGGAAAUAAAAAAUCAUUACUUUUCUCUUCAGACCGUUCAAAGGAAGAAUGUAGGUGAAAAUUGUGCAGGUCUAUCCUGAACUAAACCACUUUGGUGCUGGCUUUCACCUGCUCUUUUUUUGGUUCACUUACAAAUUUUCCUGUAAAGAAGCAGAGUUCAGGACUAUUUAAACUCGGUGGCCUCCCUCGCUGUAAUGCCUCACCUUCUCUUUGCUCCAAAUGACUGGGACUCUAGAAAAAAGACCCAGUGACUGUACAUUUGAUGACAAAAACUUUGGACCUGCUUCCAAAUUCUGGGGGGGAAAACUUGUUGGUUUUUUUUUUUUUUAAAUCAAAACUGUUUUAAUCUAAAUUGUUUCUCAAAGGAAAAAUGUUAACUUAUUGAGCUUCAAGCACAUAAUGUUUGUGCAAUUUUAUGCAAAUGAUAUAGGAAUAUAGAAGAUUCUUAUCUGUAGUACCUGGGUUUGCUGUGCUCCAAGAGCUGACAAUCUGGUUAAAACU